AUGUCAUUUUUAAGAAAUUCUUUCUCGAUUAAGAAAACAAAACCCAGAAAACAUGUUUCAAGAAAUCCACAGAAAUUGCAAGCAGAAGAAAUGGCACGCGAAUUGGGAACUGUAUACGGUGUAAUUGAUGUGAAAAUUGCUGAUCAAAAAAUUAUUUUUGAUGCAGAAAAUGGAGAUUGGCAAACAGGAGGUGCAAUAUCCAGUGGUCAAUCUCAUGCAGCACAAAAGCUGAAAAAACAAACGGAAUUAUUACAAGAAGAAAACAACAUGUUGAAACUUAAAGUUGAAGUAUUACUAGACUUGGUAGCAGAAUCGGCUGCUGAAAUAUCUAGCACAAGAAAAUAG